AGUAGUAGUAUAUUGUGUAUCAUCUAUCUGUUAUAUUGAUCCUGUAUGGCCAACAUAAGACGAAACCAACCACCACAAACACCUAGAACAAACUUUCCCGCCGCCGGAGCGACGAUGAUGGCCGGGUCCUUUUUGUUGGCGUGCUUGGCGGCAGCUCUGCAGCCAACGUCGGCCGCCGAGGCUGGAAGGGGUGGGAUCUUGUAUAUCCCUUCCGCCGCCGACCUGGCUCGGGCUCGCUGCCCUUCCAGGUGCGGUGGUGUUGCCAUUCACUACCCGUUCGGCAUAGGGCCGGGCUGCUUCAGGCAAGGCUUCGAGCUCACCUGCAACCGCACCGCUGGUCAUAAGAGGCUCUUUCUGGCCAACACUACCACUGAGGUCCUUGCCGUGUAUCCCGGAGAAACUUUGCUUCGAGUCCCUCCUAUCCACUUCAACGUCACCAUGAAACCAGGUAUGAACGACACCUAUAACAUGUCAUGGGAGGCCCCUCUUAAAGGUGUUAUGGCUUCUGAAGACACUAGCUUGUUCGUUGUUGGCUGUGGUGUGGGUGUCUACUUGUUCGGCCAUGAUACCACCGAUCCCAUCGGUACUUGCAUGAGUAUUUGCCUAGACAACAAAGAGGCCAUGAGGGAGGCAAAUGCAAACUACUAUGGCGAUGUUGGGAUGGGUAGUUGUUCCAUUUUUUUGCAGCAGGACGUGCCAGCAUUUGGGUUCAGAGUUGACCGCCUCAAAGGCGUCUCAGCACUAUCAGGUCAAGCUCAAUGGUUCUCUAAUACAAUCAAAGUUUUCCUGGCGGGGGAUUACAGAUUUGAUGUUGCCGACAUCUAUUCAAGUCGGGUAGACAAAAGAAACAUUGAUGCGCCAGUGUUUCAAAUGUCCAUCACGGAUCAACCAAGCUGUGAAAAUGCUCAGAAGAACAUGUCAAGCUAUGCUUGUAGCCAUGACAGCAAUUGCCAGGAUGUGCCAUAUGGAGGAGGCUACUCCUGUUAUUGCGGCCUUCACACAACCGGCGGCAAUCCGUAUCUUAUGGAUGGUUGUAAAGUGCAAUACAAUCCUAAUCAUAAAGGAGGUUGCACCAAAUUUUGCGGGAACACAAGUAUGCACUUCCCCUUUGGUCUUGAAGAAGGUUGCUACGCUGCAGAAAAAUUUCGACUUAACUGCACAUCAGAAAACAUCACAAUUCUUGAUCGAGGGGGUAACAAUAUUUAUCAAGGCGCCAAAUUAAUUGUGGACAACAUUUCAGUGAAUGAAGGAUAUCUUACUGUUAGAGAAACGAAAAAUAACUCAAGGUAUGGUAAUGAAGAGCUCGAGGUAAUUGGGUAUAGAAGCAAUGGGGACCUGGAAGUAGAAGACAUCUCUUCAGAUGGUUUUCAUUUAUCCGAAGAAUACGGUAUGAAGUUGUUGUGGUAUGUCGAUAAUUUGACAUGUUCGAAGGCUAGGAGCAAGCAAAGAAGAGCUACGUACGCAUGUCGUAGCAGCAAUAGCACUUGCAUGAUGGUCAACCAACCAGGCUACAAGAAUGCGACAAUCCAGCUCGGCUAUCGUUGCCAGUGCUCUCAAGGUUUUGAUGGAAAUCCAUACAUACUAAACGGAUGCCAAGAUGUCAAUGAGUGUUUGGUGAUGAAUAUUUGCAACGGCCCUUGCCUAAAUUAUCCUGGAGGCUAUAAUUGCAGUGAGUGCACACAUGGAAAAGAGUUUGAUCCAAUAGAACUCAAAUGUGUCAUGUCAACAAAGAGACACAAUCUUCUCUUAGGUAUCGCAAUUGGAAUUAGUUGUGGCCUUGGUGCCAUAAUUCUUGUGGUAGGUGCCACAGUACUCAUCAACAAGUGGAAGAGAGGCAUACAGAAGAGAAUUCGAAGGACAUACUUCAAGAAAAAUCAAGGCCUACUCUUGGAACAACUAAUAUUAGAUGAAAGUGCCACAGAUAAAACAAAGAUAUUCUCUUUGGAGGAAUUAGAUAAAGCAACAAACAACUUUGAUGUCAGUCGUAUACUUGGUCGUGGAGGACAUGGCACAGUUUACAAAGGGAUUCUAUCCGACCAACGUGUAGUGGCCAUAAAAAAGUCUAAGCUGGUGGAGCAAACUGAGAUUGACCAGUUUAUCAACGAGGUUGCCAUCCUGUCACAAAUCAUUCAUCGGAAUGUGGUCAAGCUUUUUGGUUGUUGUCUCGAAACAGAAGUGCCUUUGCUAGUUUAUGAGUUCAUAUCCAAUGGCACCCUAUAUGAUCUUCUUCACAUUGAUGUAAGCGUUCAAUGCUUACUUUUAUGGGAGGAUCGCAUUAGGAUUGCAGUAGAAGCUGCGGGUGCUCUUGCUUAUCUCCACUCAGCUGCUGCGAUACCAAUAUUCCAUAGAGAUGUCAAAUCUUCCAAUAUACUCCUAGAUGGCAACUUUACUACCAAGGUUUCUGACUUUGGUGCUUCGAGGUCUUUAUCGCUUGAUCAGACACAUGUAGUGACAAUUGUACAAGGAACUUUUGGUUACUUAGACCCCGAGUACUACCACACCGGGGAGCUAAGUGAGAAGAGCGAUGUUUAUAGCUUUGGAAUUAUACUGGUGGAGCUUCUGGUGAGAAAGAAGCCAAUUUUUAUUAAUGAGCAAGGUAUAAAACAAAGCUUGGCUCAUUACUUUGUGGAAGGACUUCAGCACGGAGUCCUCAUGGAAAUCAUUGAUCCCCAAGUUGCAGAAGAAGCGAACCAGAAUGAAAUUGAUGAUAUUGCCUCAGUUGCGGAAGCAUGCUUGAAAACCAAAGGAAGAGAAAGACCUACCAUGAAAGAGGUAGAAAUGAAGUUGCAACUCCUAAGAACUAGAAGAUUAAGGAGUCAACUUCCUCCCAUAAAUGAUGGAGAGGUCGAGUCACUUGGGUACCUAAAUGGCGCUAGCUCUCAUGCACAGAGCAACAACAUUCUCAGUAAUGUUAGCUUAACAUCUACAUGCAUCUCUGGAAAGUACAGUCUGGAGCAAGAGUUCUUGAACUCGGCCAGCUUGCCACGCUAGCGAAGCACACAAUGGGAUGAUCAUCUGCUUACUAAGCUUCUCAGGUGCAUGUUAGUUACCCUAGACGUACUUAUAUAGAAAAACUAUGUAAUAUACGUAGUUCCUUUUAGUGGGAGUAUACCAUGUAAAUUCCUGAAUUGUGUUUGUAGCUUAUCUUA